CAGGAGGCGGUGGUUCUUGUUUUUUGUAAUAUUUAUAUAUUUUUUUCUAACUGCUAGCCGUCGUUUGCUCUUAUCCAUGCAGCUUGCUGGGUGGUGAAAAGGAGGAUGGGACGCCACCGUUGUAGCGUGUCACCGUGAAGGGACUGCAGGACCGGUGUCGUUUUAGGUGGAUUAUGUACACUGCCUCCCCAGCAACCGUCAUGCCUUAUGGAAGAUUCAUGAACCAYCUAUGACAUUCCAGCAGGAUCAAUGUUUACAGCAACCGUUACUUUUGCCAGCAAUUAAUCUCCCAUCAGCAUUUUUGAAAAUCACUUUUUUAUUGUGCAAAGCACAAGCAAACCACUACAGGUAUUUUGUUAGUUUUUUUGGGGUAUUUUUUUUUACUUUUUUUUUUACAGUCAUCUUUUUUUGCAAGAGGCUGAUCCUUUUUAUCAUGAGAUUCCGAAUCUACAAGAGGAAGGUGGUGAUACUGACUCUGGUGGUUGUCAUCUGUGGCCUAGCUUUCUGGAGCAGCGGAAGGCAAAAGAACGAAAGUGGUUCAUUCCCCAAGGAACUGGAGACGGUGAAGAGGGGCAGCAGCAGUAGUAGCGUCAACAAUCAUAUCCAGGUGCAAGCUACUUCUGCAGUUAGCCGUGCACCCGUUCCACCACCUGUUUUACAAGCAAAUGACACGUACCAGGAAAAAACAAAACAUAAAGGCAAACUGACAAAGCCUGAGGUAGAUAACGCCACUUUAGUCUAUCGAGGCAUUGUCUUUAAGCUGAAUUUUGACCAGACGAUAAGAAAUGAAGAGAAGUUUAAGAAAACCCGACACAAAGAAGACCUGGUUGUGGUAGUUCAGGUUCAUAAUCGACCYGACUACCUCAAGCUGUUAGUAGAUAGUCUGCGAAAGGCCAGAGGUGUCGAGAGCAUAUUGCUGAUAUUCAGCCAUGAUUACUGGUCCCCAGAGAUUAAUAAAGUGGUGKCUUCUGUUGACUUCUGUCAAGUCCUUCAGAUUUUCUUCCCCUUCAGCAUUCAGCUGUACCCAGAAGAGUUCCCAGGAAAUGACCCCAAGGACUGCCCCAGAGACAUUCCCAAAAAAGACGCCUUAAAGCUCGGCUGCAUCAACGCCGAGUACCCAGACUCCUUCGGCCACUACCGUGAGGCCAAGUUCUCUCAGACCAAACACCACUGGUGGUGGAAGCUGCACUUUGUGUGGGAAAGAGUCCGGGUUCUCAAAGACCAUCAAGGCCUGGUUCUAUUAAUUGAGGAGGACCACUACUUGUCUCCAGACUUCAUCCAUCUCUUAAAGCUGAUGAAAGCUCUGAAACGGGAGCAGUGUGCCGACUGCGACAUCCUUUCACUGGGGAGCUACAGCCACAUCGGCUACUCCAGUAAAGCGAACAAGGUGGAGGUGAAGGCCUGGAAGUCCACGGAACACAACAUGGGGAUGGCUCUGAGCCAAGACACGUACCAGAAGCUCAUCCAGUGCACAGACACGUUCUGCACUUACGACGACUACAACUGGGACUGGUCCUUGCAGCACCUCACCGUGGCCUGCCUGCCCUCCUACUGGAAGGUCAUGGUGAGCGAGGCACCCCGGAUUUUCCACGCGGGGGACUGCGGCAUGCACCACAAGAAGGCCUCCUGCAUGCCCAUCAGCCAGAAAACCAAGAUUGAGAACAUCCUACAGAGCAGUGGGAACCAGCUGUUCCCCAAAAACCUCUUGAUCACAAAGAGRCUGCCAGCCAACGGAGCCGGAGGGGUGGCCCCACAUGUUAAAAACGGGGGCUGGGGAGACAUCAGGGACCAUGAACUCUGCAAGAGUUACAUUCGAUUACAGUGACCUUAAUUGAUAUUAUUAUAUAUUCUUGUCUCUUUUUUGCAUCCUAUAUAAUGAAAAAGUAAACCUUUAUGAACUAUUCUUCAUAUUGCCUGUUUUCUUGGACUGUUUUUCUUGGACUGUUCCAAAUAAAGACGAAUGUUGAAUU